AUGGCCACGGAAGGACAUGCCGCUGUCGCCGUCGCCGGCGCUGCCCGCCGCCGUGUGCUGUUCUUCCCGCUGCCGUUUCAGGGCCACAUUAGCCCCAUGUUCCACCUCGCCGGCGUCCUCCACGCGCGGGGCUUCGCGGUCACCGUCUUCUACCCGGACUUCUUCAACGCGCCCGACCCGUCCCGCCACCCGGCGUUCGACUUCGUCCCCGUCCCCGACGGCCGCGUCGGGCGAGGCGAUGGGGACGGCGCCGGCGGCGACUACCUCCAGGCGACCAUGGCGAGCAUCCUCGCCUUGAACCGCCGGUGCGAGGCGCCGUUCUGGCAGCGCCUCGCGGCGCUGCUGGAGUCGUCCGGUGGCGACGUCGCCUGCCUCGUCGCCGACGCGCACCUGCUGACGCUGAUGGACGUCGCGCGGCGGCUCGGCGUGCCGGCGCUCGCGCUGCGCACCGGCAGCGCCGCCUCCUUCCGCAUCUUCGCCGCACAGCCGAUGCUCCGGGACGAGGGCUACCUCCCCGCUCGAGAGUCGGAGCUGGACGCGCCGGUGACGGUGCUGCCUCCGGCGCCGUAUCGCGUCCGCGACGUGACGAUGACAGCCGGCGUCGGCGGCCACGCGCAGGAGCAGAUCUACGAGAUAAUGUCGCGGGCCGUCGCGGCGGUGAAGACGUCCUCGGGGCUCAUACUCAACACCUUCCACGCCCUCGAGAGCGCCGAGCUCGCGGCGCUCCGGCGGGACUUCGACGUCCCGGUGUUCGACGUCGGUCCGCUCCACAAGCUAUCGCCGGCGGGACCGGCGGCCAGCCUGCUGCGGCAGGACCGCGGCUGCCUCGAGUGGCUGGACGCCCAGUCGCCGGCGUCCGUGCUCUACGUCAGCUUCGGUAGCAUCGCCAGCAUGAACGCCGCCGAGCUCGUCGAGACGGCGUGGGGCAUCGCCAACAGCGGCCACCCGUUCCUCUGGGUGCUCCGCCCUGACCUCGUCCGCGGCGGCGCGGCGCAGCAGGCCGCCGCCGUCGGCCUCCCCGACGGCUUCGACACCGCGACGCGCGGCCGCGGCGCGGUGGUCAGCUGGGCGCCGCAGGACGAGGUCCUCGCCCACCGGGCGGUAGGCGGGUUCUGGACGCACUGCGGCUGGAACUCGACGCUGGAGAGCGUCUGCGCCGGCGUGCCGAUGCUGCUCCGGCCAUGCUUCGGCGACCAGCCGGGCAACGCGAGGUACGCCGAGCACGUGUGGCGGGUAGGCCUCACGCUGGACACUGACGGCGGCGGCGAGCUCGAGAGGGGCAAGGUGGAGUCCGCCAUCAGGAGGCUCAUGGAAGGGGAAGACGGCGCCGGGAUGCGGCGGAGAGCCGGCGAGCUGAAGAGCGGUGCGGCCGAGUGCAUCGCCAUGGCUGGCUCUUCUUGCCUCAGCAUUGACAAGCUCGUUAACCACAUUCUUUCCCUCUAG